UCAAAUACAUUCAACGCAGAUCAGAGUGGCUUCCAGCUAGAAAUGCAUUCCGGAAGAACUUUAGCAAUCGAAGGAGAAAAGCAAGUACAAUGUCUUGUACAAUCAGUCUCAUCUACGACCCACAGUUAUACGAUUCAGCCGACUAUAUCAGCUGACGGCAAACUGCUAUCUCCUCUAUUUUUGGUUUUAAAAGAACCAACCGGCAAGAUUGGUCCAAUAGUGGAGAAAACGCUUUUCAGACCAGAUAAUGUGUACAUAGAAGUAUCCAAGUCUGGGAAGCUUACUUCAGAUCAUUUCAAAAUUUGGUUGCAGCAUGUGUUUUUCCCGAAAAUUGGUUCAAAAUCUUUAUUACUGAUUGAUUCUUGGACUGGACACUGUCCCCAAGCUGUACUUGAUGUUGGACUUCAAAUAGAGAUGUCAAAUAUAAAAGGCCGUGCGGAGCAGCAACGGCAGCUCAUUCUUAAAUCAGCUCUCGCUUCGAAUACAGAGGUAGUGACUCUGGAAAUCAAGCUCUAG